AUUACUUCGAAUAGUUCUAAUGUGCUGUAGACGAAACAAUGCUGACGUUUAACAUAACCUUUGAUUGUGAUUUGUACUUUUUUGCAAUGAUUACUAAUUUGUGUAGAUAAAAGUCGGUCACUGGAAAAAGCGUUCAUUGGCAUACGCCCUUUUCGAUAUGAGUUACGAAGAAAUGUUCGAAAAGUUGGGCGAAAACCCAAUAGAAUCGGCCAAGGAGGCUGUUAGGUUGCUGAUUAAAAUAGUAGAAAACAUUUUAAAAAACCCUAAGGAUUUGAAAUUUCGUACUCUUCAAAAAAACAACCCUACUCUAUCGAAAAAGCUAUUGCCUGUUGCCGGAGUUCAGAUGUGUUUAGAGCUUGUUGGUUUCCAAGAGAGUAAUGAAUAUUUCACACUGCCCUUGAGUAUUCCUCUUAGUAAACUUGAGGAAGGCAAGGAUGCUCUUUGUGUAUGGAAAGAAGCCUUUCAAGUUGAUAAUGGAAAGACUAAUGAAAGGCAAAAAAUGGCAUCUACACCAUCUGUUCAAAAUAAAGUUGAAAAUUCUCUAGAAAAAAUUACUCCUUUUGUGUUACCUCCUUUAGUCAGAUUAUAUGCAAAUCCUUUUUUACACCAGGUUGAAGUAAUUUUUCAUGAAGCUCUCAGAUUUGAAGAUAAAAACACCCAAAUACGGGCACGAAAUCUAAUACCAUUACAAAAACUAGAAAAACUUGCCCAGGAAAGGUUACGCACGAUUCAGGAGUAUGCCAAAAAAAAUCAUUUGGGAGAUCCAAAUAUAUCAAUACAAGAAACACUUUUGCUAGAACUUCUAGCUUGGUUCAAAGAGGAUUUUUUUUCAUGGGUAGAUAGUCCAGACUGUGAACAGUGUGGUGGUAAAAGUGCCUUCUCUCACAUGAGUACUGAUCCAAAAUUAUUGGUGUACACCAAUAGAGUAGAACUACACAGAUGCCAAAGUUGUCAUACAUUUACACCUUUCCCGAGAUACACUGAUAUGAACAUUCUGCUGGAAACCAGGCGAGGCAGAUGCGGUGAAUGGGCUAAUACUUUUACCUUGCUUUGUAGAUCGUUGGGCUGGGAUGCAAGGUUUGUUAUGGACGAGACCGACCAUGUUUGGACUGAGGUUUAUUCCAUUGCUCAACAAAGGUGGCUGCACUGCGAUCCGUGCGAGAAUAUCUGUGACCAACCAUUGAUGUAUGAAACAGGUUGGAAGAAAACUGUUUCCUACGUAAUGGCGUACUCAGGUGAGGAAGUGCAAGACGUGACAUGGAGAUACACCUGCCACCACAAGGAAGUGCUGAAAAGACGAACCAAAUGCACAGAAAACGAAUUGGUCGACGUGUUAUUGAAACUGCGAGAGAAAAGGCAGAUGGUGUUUUCUGAAUCCAGAAAGAAUUAUCUGAGGAGAAGGUUGCUUAUGGAGUUGGUGGAACUGAUGAAUGAAAAAAAACCUGGAGAAUGCGACAACAAAGGGAGAGUCUCGGGCAGCGAGGCGUGGAGAUUGCAACGCGGUGAAAUACAAACUUCCGAGCCGUCACGUUUUAUAUGGAAAAUCGACACGAAAAACGUUAAAGAACGAGUAUGUGUUCGAUACUCUGCUGUCCGUGACAAGUACGAGUAUAUAGUCGACAACGACGUGCGAAAAACAGUUGAUAAUUGGAACGCGGCCGCCGUCGAUCAUAGCAAUGUUUUUAGAAAAGUCGAAAAAGACUGGAAGAAAGUUUAUAUCACUAGAACAGAAGGGUGCUCAGAGGAGGGACGUAUCUGUUGGAGGUUCGAUGUUGAAGGCGAUUUCAAAAUUCUGGAUACUGUCAUAGUAGAUUUUUCCAGUGAAACAUUCGAGAAUGGUAGAGUGUGUACUCAAAUUUUCGCAGCUGAUUUACAGUUCGAAAUACCCAACGGUCAGAGACAUUUUUCUUCUGACGAAUUUAACGGAAAGAAGAGCAUCACCAUCCAAUCGACUCUAUCUGGCGGUAAAGGAGACAUGGCGUGGCAACACGCUCAAUUGUUUCGUGAGUCACUGACCAGUGAUGAUUUUCCAUUUUCUGUAACUUUUAUAUUCAAGUAACUUUUCCAUGUACUGGUGCUGAAAUUUUUAAAACAAUUUCAAUGUUUAAAUAUAUUAUACGUUAUGUGAUGGUUUUAAAAAAUGACGUUUUUGUCU